CGGAGGCAGUCUGGGCGCUGUGAGGUGACGGGGAUAGGCGGUGGUCUGCUACCUCUUUGAGGACGGCAGACCCCCCCAAACAAGUCAGAGGAGGAAGCUACGGCUGUGUUGGGAGUGCUAGCAGCACUGAACAGACUCGGGGUUUUGCAGAAAAGGUUAUCUUCAAAAAUGGAUGCGAUGUCUUCAGAGACUAAUGACAAAAAUGACCAUAUAGAGAGACCUGUUAGAAGACGACAUUCCUCAAUUUUGAAACCUCCACGGAGUCCUCUUCGGGAUAUCAGAGAUGGGAAUGAAAUAGUUCAGGAACCUAAUGCUUUGAGAAAUAAGAAAAGCUCUCGUCGAGUCAGCUUUGCAGAUACUAUAAAGGUAUUCCAAGCAGAAUCUCAUACGAAAAUAGUGAGAAAGUCAGAAAUUGCAGAAACAGAAGCAAGAGAAAAUGUUCUGUUUAUGCAGAAUAAUAAUUCAGAAGAUAAUUACUGUGAGAUUAUUGGAAUGAACACUUUGCUGUGUGCUCCCAUUCAGACCCAGAUGCAACAAAGAGAGGUUUCAGUUACAGAGCACAAUCAUGGAAAGAAACAUUCAUGUGACCAGACAGUCAUCUUUUCAGAUGAAAACCAGAUGGACCUGACAGCAAGUCACACUGUGAUGAUUACCAAAGGCCUUUUAGAUUAUACAAAAAAUGAGAAGUCCACCAAGAUAGAUACCACGGCCUUCCUGGCUAACUUAAAGCUUCACACUGAGGAUUCAAGAAUAGAAAAAGAGUUAAAUUUUUCCAUGGAUCAAAAUACUAAUUCAGAAAAGAAAAUAAAUUUCAAUGACUUCAUAAAAAGAUUGAAAACAAGGAAAUCUAAUGCUUCUUGUACAGGACCUGAUAAGGAAAAUUCUGAGAUAUCUAUUCAUUCAAAAGAAUCAAAUAGGACCUCUUCUGUACAUCAAAUGCAUGAAUCCUUUCAUGUAGAUGAAACUGGCAGUAAUAUGACUAGAAUCUUUAGAGAACAAGAUGAUGAGAUGGAUUUCACCCAUUGUCAUACAGCCAAUAUUCAGAAUUUGCUUCCCACAUCCAGUGAGGCUAACUUAAGGGAGUUUAAAAGUGAUGAUAUUACAGUUUAUGGAAGUGACUUAAUGGACUUGACAAGAAACCACACUAUACAAAUUUUACCCUCAGCAGAUAAUUUACCUGAAAUUGAAAAUCAAACCCAGACUGUCAUGAUGGAUGUUACAACAGAUGAUAGAACUAAAGCUUCAGAGAAAAAGAGCGUCUUUGAGAAUAAACCAAAUGCUGCUUUCCAAGAUCCUUCCUUAAACCCUAAAGGUGAAAUACAUAUUACCAGAAGUGAUAUUACUGGGACAGAAACUCAAAUGGUCACACAGCCUUCUAACCAAGAUAUCAGUACAUUGGCUGUGAUCCCAGAAUCUAUAUGUUCCAGUACAGCAAUUCAAGAUUAUAAGACAUUUUUGUAUUCUAGUUGUAAUAAUGCCAUGGAACUGACUAAGUGUCUCUCAAGUACGAGAGAAGAAAAAAAUUUGCUGAAGCAUGACAGUAAUUAUGCCAAAAUGUAUCCUAAUCCAGAUGUCAGCUCUCUUCUUACAGAGAAUACGAUAUAUUCAGGAGAGGACAGCAUGGACAUUACCAAGAGUCACACGGUUGCAAUAGAUAAUCAGAUUUUUAAACAAGAUCAGACAGAUGUACGGAUAGCCAUACCAAUAUCUGAAAAAGAAAUGCUCCAAAAUCACAUAAUUGUGUCAAAGGAUAAAGAAUUUAAUGUAAACUGUAGCUCAGUUCUCGAUGUAUCUAGGGAAACAUUAAAACAGGGCCUGGCAAAUCCUUCCUUUAUUUCACUGACUGGCAAAAAGAAUGUAAUCUUCACAGGUGAAGAUAACGAUUUGACUAAAAGUCACAAAACUAAUUUGGGAAGUCAAGCUCCUUCUCCAUCUUAUAAUCUAGCAUCUGAAGAUAUUAAUAAGUCUCACUCUGACAGCAAUGGCCUUUUAAAUGAAUUAGAAAAAAUGACCAAAAGUCAUUUUGAACUAUCCCAACAGCCAAACAUAAUAUCUCAAAACUUCCUAACUGACACUUGGAGAAGAGAAAAAGAUCCAGUUUUGGAGGUUUCACCCUAUCUUGAUGAAGUUUCUCCUCAGUCAGUCAAUAUUAACCAGGACAGUGCAAAGUAUAAUAUACUAUACUCUGGUGGAGAUCUUAAUAAACAAGUAGCCCUGGGGAAUAACAGAAAUACUGUGUCAUGUGAGCAAUCUAUGUUUCCUACCACAAAGCUGUUUUCAUCAGAAGGACAAUGUACUGUGAAAAAUCAUAAUACUGCUAUUGACAGUCAUAUAGUAAAAUCUGUACCAGGCCAGAACUCUAAACUGCCUGAGCCACUGAGGAAAAGUUUAGGCAAUCCUGCCCUUGACUGUUCUCAUGACAAGAUAAUUAUUUGUUCAGAAGAGGAGCAAAAUAUGGAUCUAACCAAGAGUCACACUGUUGUCAUUGGAUUUGGACCUUCUGAAGUACAAGAACUUGAUAAGACUAAUUUAGGAAAUAGUAUCAGACAUGAAGCUGUAAAAGUUGAGAAUUAUAAUAAAACUCCUACUGAAAAAUCUGGAGUAUUCAUUUUUAAUGAUAUGGAUACAUUGGAGGACAAAUGUAUACAGCAACCUGGAUUUCUGAAUGAAAACCAAGAUGUCCAAAUUUGUGAAAGGAAAAGUAUUGACAGACUAAAAAUUGAUAAGACUGUUAUAUUUUCAGAGGGUGAUGAGAAUAAUAUGGAUAUCACCAAGAGUUAUACCUUGGAAAUAAAUCAUAGACCUUUAUUAGAUGAACCUGAUUCCCAUUUGGUGCCUUCAGCAGGAACUUCUAAAACUGUUUUGUAUGCAUAUGGGCAGGAUGAUAUGGAGGUCACCAGAAGUCACACAACUGCCAUAGAAUUUAAAACUGUCUCACCAGAUGAAAUAACUACCAGGCCUGUGGACAAGACUGUAAUGUUUAUAGGUAAUCAUGAUGAGCUAGAAAUGACAAAAUCCCACACUGUUUUCAUUGACUACCAAGCAAAGGAAAGAACUGUGCUUCCAGAGAGACCUGAUUUUGAACUAUCCAAAAAGAAAGGCCUGGGAAAAUCAACAGUGACUCCUUAUUCUGAGGAUAGUGUUUUCUUUCCAGAGAAUGUUAAAAGUGACAAUUCAGCAGCAAGAGUCAGCCAGCUGACUAGGGAACGGUCUAAUAGUGGUUCUGUAGAGAAAGCUGUAGCAGUUAUAGCUAAUGGUAACAUGGAAGUGUCUACAUCAACCAUUUGGAAAAAUAACAAAGAUGUACCAAAGCCUAGAUUUCUGAAUGAACCUCUGUCAGACAUAAGUCAAAGAAGGAAAAGCCUUAGAUUCAAAAAUGACAAGUCCAUUGCAUUAUCAAGUAAUCAUAAAAAUGACAUGGAUAUCAUCCAGAGUUGUACAGAAAUAAAUAAUAAAAGUGCCGUAGAAGAUGAAGAAGACCUCCUUUUGGUGCCUUUGGCAGGAACUUCUAAAACUGUUCUUUAUACAUGUGGGCAGGAUGACAUGGAGAUCACUAGAAGUCACACAACUGCCUUAGAGUGUAAAACUGUCUCACCGGUUAAAAUAACCAGUAAGCCUAUGCAGAAUACUAUAAUGUUUUUUGAUAAUCACAAUGAUAUGGAAGUCACCAAGUCCCAUAAUGCUUUCAUUGAUUGUCAAGCCACUGAGAAAAUACUUCAAGAGUACUCUAAUUUUGGAACAGCAAAAGGAGAAACCUUGGGUGUUUCUUUUCCUAAGGAUGGUAGGUCUGUUCAAGAAAUCACUGAAAAACAAGUACAGGCUGUAGAAAACAAAGUUGUUCUUCACACUGAGCAAAAGCAUCAUGUGAUAGCCUUUUCUAAUACAUUUUCUGGGGAUCAAGGUGAGAGAGAAAUUGUCAAAUUCUAUAGCACUGCUGUGGAUGAAAAGGACAGGGGGGGAGUUGUAGGCCAGGCCGACACAUUGGAAAAAGCCAAACUUGAAAGCUGCCACUUAAGUAGCACAGCUAGAAGAAAUGUGGAUUUUACAAACAGUCAUGCACCUGCUAUUUGUGAAUCCAGCAAUAAUUAUUCCUGUUUACCUAAUGUUAUUUCCUAUUUUGAUAAUUUGGAGGGGAAUGUCAUGUCCUUACAUGAUAAAGAUGAGAAAGCCAGUAAUUGCCCAGUGCAAAAUGGUCUUGCUUAUGCAAAUAAUUUAGCCCGUGAGUAUUACUUGAAAUCUGAGGGACUGCUUCUUUCUGAUUCUUGUUCUUUGUUAGAGAAGGAAAAAAUUACUCAAACUGAUACCAAAGGACAGUCAGACUGUGUCAUAACAGUGCUCAAAGAUCAAGAUCUGAUUACGGAGCCCCAAAAUCUAUUAGCUAAUCAAACUUUAGUAUGUGGUCAAGAUUUGAGGAACAUGACCAAACUUGACUCAAUGCAAGUAUCUCUUAAGUUUCCAGAGGAUCAGAUGGAGACCUUUGUUCAUAAUGCAGAACAUAGUUUAAAGCCGAUCUUUGUCGAUGAUGUUUGUAUUGGUUCUCAGCCUCAUCUCUCAAAGCAGCUCUCUCCAUUACCUCAACAAGGACAGAGUGUUGUUAAUAAAGAUGAAAGUAAGACUUUAAAUAUUGUUACAAGGAAUUCCUCUGUACCCAUAGAGGAAUUGAGUAAAAAUAAGUCCAUAAUGCUCAAUAAUGAGAAACAGUUUACUGUAGCCUGUGAAGAAGAACCGAAGAAAAAUAUCCAAACAGCUAAAUGUAAUAUAGCCAUAGAUUUCUGCAGUAACUCAGACUUGACUAAGCAAGUUGUUCAAACUCAUGACAAUCCUAAAGAAACAUCAAAUCCUAUCAUUGCAUCUAAUACUGCAAGUUUUAGUAGUGGCAAACCAAAUGUGAAUAAUUUGAAUAAGGAAACUGAAAAAAUUUUGGAUUUACAAACUGUCUGUAUACCAGCUGUUCCAGAACAACUACUUGAAUUAGUAAAUAAUGCAGAUAAUGAUGUGAGUAGAGUGCAAGCUACAGAAAUAUGUAAUAUGAACACAGUGUCCAACAAUGUUAAAGAUGAUAGAGAUGAGAAUAAAUUUUUUCAUAAUGAAUCUGAAACCAACUCUCUACCAUUAGUGACAUUUGUAAAGGAUAAAGUGAGGAGAUGUUCUUUGGGAAUAUUUUUGCCCAGAUUGCCAAACAAGAGAAAUUGUAGUGUCACUGGUAUUGAUGACCUAGAGCAGGUUCCAUCAGACACAGCUGAUUUAAAUCACCUAGAAACUCAGCUGGUCUCCAAUAAGGAUUUAGGCAUUGGAUUUAUUGCAGCUAAGCUGAACUUAAGUCCAUCGCAAUAUAUAAAUGAGGAAAAUCUUCCUAUAUAUCCUGGUGAGAUUAAUUCUUCAGACUCUAUUAGCAUAGAAACUGAGGAAAAGUCUUUGAUCAAGACAUAUGAAAAAGAGAUUUCACCACCUGAAAAUAAAAUGAAAGAAACCUGCAAUAGCCAGAAAAGAACCUGGGUACAAGAAGAUGAUGAUGAUAUUCAGAAUGAGAAAAAAAUCAGAAAAAGGGAGAUUAAGUGUACUGAUACUACACAAGAUCAGGAGAUUUUCAUUCACCAUGCUGAAGGGGAUAUAGAUAAAAAUGGUAACAGUAUAUUGAUAAAAAGCCUGAGCAGGACCCCCUCUAGUUGCAGCAGUUCUCUGGACUCGAUCAAGACUGAUGGGACCUCUGUGGACUGCAGCACAUACCGCAGUAGUCAGAUGGAAUCACAGUUUCUCACAGAUACUAUUUGUGAAGAGAGCUUGAAGGAGAAACUCAAAGAUGGGAGAAUAACAAUAAAGGAGUUCUUUAUACUACUUCAAGUCCACAUUUUGAUACAGAAACCCCGACAGAGCACUCUCCCAGCCAAAUUUGCUAUAAACACACAGUCUACUUCAGAAGAUCUGAUGUUAAGUCAGUAUGUUUACCGACCCAAGAUACAGAUUUAUAGAGAAGAUUGUGAAGCUCUUCGCCAAAAGAUCGAAGAAUUAAAGCUUUCUGCAUUGAACCAAGAUAAACUAUUGACUAAUGUAAAUAGGAACCUAUGGGAAAAAAUGAGACACUGCUGUGAUGAGGAGCUGAAGGCCUUUGGAAUUUACCUGAACAAAAUAAAAUCACAUUUUACCAAGAUGACUAAAGUCUUUACUCACCAAGGAAAAGUGGCCCUCUACAGCAAGCUGGUGAAGUCAGCUCAGAAUGAGAGGGAGAAACUUCAGGUAAGGAUAGAAGAGAUGGACAACAUACUUAAGAAGAUGGACAGCUGUCUCACUGAGGUGAAACUAGAAACUAAGAAUUUGGAGAGUGAAGAGAAAUAUAAUUUUGUGGAAGAAUGGGAUUCUGAAAUGAGAGCUGCAGAGAAAGAACUGGAACAGUUGAAAACUGAAGAAGAAGAGCUUCAAAGAAGUCUCUUAGAAGUAGAGGUACAGAAAGAGCAAACCCUUGCUCAAAUAGACUUUGUGCAAAAACAAAUAAGUACAACUGAAGAGCUACUGGAUCAGUUGAGCUUGUCUGAGUGGGAUGUCAUUGAGUGGAGUGAUGACCAAGCCAUAUUCACCUUUCUUUAUGAUACGAUAGAACUCAUCAUCACUUUCGGAGAGCCAGUAGAUGGUCUCCCUUUCGUGAACAACGCUUAUAGGAGGAUUGUUGACCUGAAUUUUCAAUCUCUGUUAGAUGAGGAGAAAGCUCCUCCUUCCUCCCUUUUAGUGCAUAAGCUUAUUUUUCAGUACAUUGAGGAACAGGAAUCCUGGAAGAAGAAAUGUACAACACAGCACCAGGUAUCCAAGAUGCUUCAAGAAAUCUCAAUGGUAGUAAGCCAUUGCAGACUCCUUGGAGAGGAGAUUGAGUUUUUACAGAGAUGGGGACCAAAUUAUAACCUAAUGCACAUAGAUGUGAAUGAUACCGAAUUGAGCCUUUUAUUCUCCAGCUCUGCAGCAUUUGCGAAGUUUGAGAUAACUUUGUCUCUCUCAGCCCAUUAUCCAUCUGUCCUGUUACCUUUCUCCAUUAAAAAUCACCUUGGAAACAUCAGCCACAGUGAAAUUUCUGCCCUUCUAUUUAAAGUGCCACUGGAGGACAACUACUUAAAGAAUGUAGUCAAGCAAAUUUACCGAGAUCUGCUUCAGGGCUGAGAUUCCUACCAGUAGACCCAUGGACCACAGCUAUAACUGGACAAAGCACAGGACACUCAAUAAUAUUAUGUUAAAGUCCCCAUUGCUGUUUAAUCUUCAUCUUUACGUCCUAGAAAAUAGCCUAGUAAAAUUCCUUCUGAUGAUUUUCUAGUUAGGUUGGUUUUUAAAGCUCUACAGUUAGAAAUAAUGAAAAGCCUCAAACAGCAAGCUGUCAACUUGCUCACCUUCCUGCUAAAGGUAUGAGGAGUAGAGCACUUAGGAACAGUUUCUCCUAACUAAAGUGGCACUCUCUGCUUUAGUUAGGAGCAGUUUAGUCAUGAGGAGGUGUAACCACUGGCAAAAACAGGUUUGCUAGCUUCUUCCUAGGAGAUAUUUCUGAAAUAGAGACAUGUCUGUCUACAAAGUACUCAUCCUCCUUUUUCUCCAUUCCAGAAAUGUUAUUAAGAGAAAUCAGUAGCACUCAACUGUUAGUUUGCCAUUUUUUUCUUGAUGGCCUUGCCUCCUUUUAUUAUAUAAUGUCUGUUACUGUUUUCUUAGUAAGUAUAAUUUUGUAUGGAAAGGUCAUUGGCUUUGGCCUAGUACAUAUAUGUAAAUAUAUUAAUACUGACUUUGUGUUUAUGAUGUAGUAAGGAGAUAGAAAUACACAGAGAUGUUUAGAAAGAUGCCCUAUUUCUGCCUAGGCAGUUUCCAUCUUUCUGAAGCAAUAUUCUCAACUCCUUUCAUUAAAUAAUUAUACUUCAAACAAUAUCACACCAAAAACACCAGUUUUUUCAAAUUCUGACCAUAGUAAUGAACUUAGUAUUGGUUUCUGAAGCCGUACCUUUCUCAUAAACAAAAAUAAAACAUCACCCUGACCAGUAUGGCUCAGUAAGUUGGGCAUUGUCCCACAAACCAAAAGGUUGCCAGUUCAAUUCCCAGUCAGGGCACAGGCCUGGAUUGUGAGCCAGUUCCCGGUUGGGGGUGUGCAAGAGUCACCCGAUCGAUGUUUCUCUAGCAUGUUGAUGCUUCUCUCUCUCUUUCUCCCUCCCUUCCCCAUCUCUAAAAAUAAAUAAAGUCUUGAAAAAAACCAUGGUUAAUCCUUCAUUGAAUUCUAUAUUAAAAAAAAACAAAACCUAUUAAGGAUAUGUUGGGGAUACUUGGAAAUAUGACUUUAAACUACAUGUUGAUUAUAUUUUUGUAUUAGUUAAAUACCUUGGGUGUGAUAAUAGUAUUAUGGUUCUAUAGGAGAAUGUCCUUAUUAGGAUAUAUAUAUCUGCAACUUAAUUAUACAUGGCUUUUAACACUGUAUCGUAUAUGUUUGUGUACAUAUGUGUGAGAGAAAAAGAAAGCAAAUACAGCAAAAUAUUAACAAUUGAUGGAUCUAGGUAAUGGGUACAUGGGUGUUUAAAUUCACUGGUUUUAAUAUGUAGGCUUGAAUUUUUUUUUUAAUAAAAAAUUGAAAGUGAAAAGAAGUUUGCUUGGUGUCCUACAGAAAUGUUGAAAGAACAGUGCAGUUAAAUACCCAUGUACCCGUUACCUCAAUUCAAUAAAAAUUGAGAAAAAAUAAAAAUAAAAUUACAAAUGCAGCUAGUCUUUGAGUCAACAGCUCGAUUUCUAGGAAGCUAUCCUACAGAUAAACAUGCAAAAUUUUGGCACUGCUUACAGUAUUAAAAGGUGAUAGACAACUUACAUGUCUAUCAGUAGGGGUGUGGUACAUGCCUUCAGUGAAUACUAUUUGAUUAAAAGGAAAAAUUAUGCGUUGGAAAUCCUGUAUGUACUGAUCUGAACCUAUGAAGAUAUGUAGUUGAGUGAAAAAGGCAAAAUGAAAGACAGUGUAUUUAUGUGCUGCUAUUUGUGUAAAAAAGAGUAUUUAUAUACUCAUACCUAUUUGCAUGCAAUGUUUUGACUUUUUAUUAUAGGAUAGCUUUGGAAGGAUGGAUAAUAAACUGGUAACAUUUGUUCUUUCCAAGAAGGGAAGCUGGGUGUCUGGGAGCAGAAGAAAGGCAAAACUUUGUACUGAGUACUUUCUGAAUUUUGGAUCAUGUGAAUGUUAUUAACCACGAAAAACUAAAAAUAAUUUCAGUACAAUUUUUUUUUUAAAAAAAGAACAAUAUAACCCUCACUUGUGUGGCUCAGGUGUGGCUCCGGUCACAGGUUCGAUUCCCUGUGAGGGCAUAUGCCUAGGUUGCAAGUUGUGGCCAAUAUUAGGUACCUGAUCAAUGUUUCUCUCUCACAUUGAUGUUUCUUUCCCUCCUUCCCCUCUCUAAAAUCAGUAAGUAUGUUCUCAGGUGAGGAUUAAAUAAAUAAGAACACCAUUAAAAACUUUUCAUUUUGGGAAAUUUUCAAAGGAUGAGGGAACAUCAAGACCAAGAAUUUGGCAUAGUCUAGGGCAGAAAGAAAUUAAAUUUAGCAUCAAAAACAGUUGCAGUAAUGGUUAAUUAGGCUUCCCUAAAGCCUGGAUGAAAUCUCAGAUGUGGGGAAACUAUCCUGGAUUGGCUGGGUGGGCCCAGUGUAAUCACAAGAAUCCUUGUAAGGAACAGAUUCUCUACUAGAACCUCCAGAAGGAACACAAUUCUGUCUAAACCUUAACUUUAGCCUAAUGAAACCCAUUUAGGAAUUCUGACCUCCAGAACUAAGAUAUUUUUGUUCUUUUAAGUCACCAAAUCUAUGGUAAUUUGUUACAGCCACAAUAGGAAACUAAAGACACUGGGAUAAUUAUUGUGUUCCACUGACCUAACUUUUUUGUACAAGUACCUUUUCACUGUAGUUUUAUAAUAACAUUUAAUAUAUUAUUAAAGUUUUCUUCUUAUAGGAUGUGCACUUAAGUUUAUUUCAAGGCAUUUUAUAUUUUUGUUAAAAUAUGAAAAUUAUUGUAAAGUCAAAACAAAUUUAUACCAAAAGUUCAAACCAUACAUAAAAGAAUAAAGAUGAAGGCAAAGUCAUCCAAAAGUUAAGUAUUGAGCAUCUUUCUACAUGCUAGUUUCUUUCAGCUAUAAAGAAGACCUAUGACUGUUGAGUAGGCAGCCAACAGUGAUUGCCACAAAUUCCACUGGGAUUUCUAUUGGGAAUUCGCUGAUUUUAGAGAAUUUUUGAGCUUAUAAUAUUGAGCCUUCUCCUUUGGGACCAUAGUUUUAUAUAUUUCUCCAUGUAGAUCCUAAAAGCUUAUUUCUGGUUACUUAUGAUAUUUGUUGCUAUUGUGAAUGAGUUUUUUUCUAUUACAUUGUCUAAUUUGUUAUUGUUAACACUUAA